CAUAACAUGUGGCUGUCUCACUGCUGCUGUAUCCAAAUCCUGUACUUUUUAUUUUAUCUGAAUACAUGAGUAUGCACAUCAUUUGUGUGUGUAUGUGUUUGUGUGUUUAACUAUCCUUGUGUGUAACAGAAGUCCACACGAGGAUAGUAAAACAACAAACAUUCAGGCAAUUUUGCUGGUCGCCACAAGGGAAAAUUAUAUUUGAGGAUACAGACAGCUGAAGAGCUGUCGUGUAAUGGUAGUGAAAUAGUCAUCAUUGCUUGAAGCGCAUAGUAAAGAAAGCAUGGCUGCCAGUCGGGUACUCGUAUACGGAGGAAGAGGUGCACUGGGUAGCAAAAUUGUUCAUCACUUCAAAUCUAAAGGAUGGUGGGUAGCCAGCAUCGAUAUCGUUGCCAGUGAGGAGGCAAACGCGAACGUGCUGGUGAAGUUGUCGGAGUCAUUUACUGAGCAAGCAGGACAGGUGACAGCAGAUGUGGCCCAGUUGCUAGGGGACCAGAAAGUGGAUGCCAUCUUGUGUGUGGCAGGUGGAUGGGCUGGAGGAAAUUGCAGCUCCAAAGACCUGUACAAAAACACAGACAUGAUGUGGAAGCAGAGUGUGUGGACCUCUACCAUAUCUAGCCAUCUGGCUGCUGUGCACCUGAAGCAGGGUGGACUACUGACUCUGGCUGGGGCUAAAGCAUCACUGGGUGGUACUAGUGGCAUGGUGGGCUAUGGCAUGGCCAAGUCAGCAGUCCACCAGCUCUGUCAGAGUUUAGCAGGAGAAGACAGUGGGAUGCCCCCUGGAGCUGUGGCAGUUGCCAUACUACCGGUAACCUUGGAUACUCCAAUGAACAGGAAGUUCAUGCCUGAUGCAGACUUUGGUUCCUGGACACCACUGGAGUACAUUGCAGAAACUUUCUUCAGUUGGGCCACCGGUGCGGAUCGUCCAGCAUCGGGAAGUCUGAUGCAGCUCACCACCACCGGAGGCAAGACACAGGCCCUACCCACACAAUAAGACACAGGCCCUACCCACACAAUAAGACACAGGCCCUACCCACACAAUAAGACACAGGCCCUACCCACACAAUAAGACACAGGCCCUACCCACACAAUAAGACACAGGCCCUACCCACACAAUAAGACACAGGCCCUUCCCACACAAUAAGACACAGGCCCUACCCACACAAUAAGACACAGGCCCUACCCACACAAUAAGACACAGGCCCUACCCACACAAUAAGACACAGGCCCUACCCACACAAUAAGACACAGAACCUACCCACACUAUAAGACAUAGAACCUAC